CCCCUCAGAAAGGUCUCUCCCCUUCCUCUUAACUUAACCUGGCAAAGUUUCUCUUUCUGCCCAAUGUUAUUCCGCCCCCCAUUCCCUUGUGAUUUGAUAGCCCCCUCCCCUAUUUUGCUGAAUCCCUUUUCCAGCUCUUGCAUAGCCUGCCCACAGUCCCAUUUUGGGGGGUCCUGGCAUCCCUGACCCAUUGAACUGGUUUCUUUCCUCCAUUUUGACAGAUACACCUUGGUCCCUGCCUUUUUCCCAGGGAGAGCCAGAUGUGCGGACAGUUUUUUCUCUCUCUUCCUUUCCUCCUGCCAGCUGCCUCUUCCUGUCCUAUUUGUCUUCCCUGAUCCUGAAACAUUUUUAGGUCCUAUUCGAGGUAGGCUAUCAGGGACCCUUAUAGGGGAUUCAUUCAUUUGCCCUCCUGUUCAGCUCUUGCUGAGUGACUGACCCUUUUCUUUGUUGUUUCCAAAUUGGUACAUCUUUCAUGUCAAUCCUCUGUAAGGACCAUUUUUCUUCUAAUUCAGACUAUGGGCUAACUUUGUUGUAGGAUAACUAUUCCCAGUUGCUGUUGGUUUUUUUUCUCCUUCCCUGUGCCAGUUUGGGAGGUGGAUUCACUGCUGAAGUGCUUUCUGCUCUCGGCAGACUAGGUUAGUGUCUUGAAAUUAAAUUUACAUGUGGGAAACUGGAGUCAAACUCUUCUGAGAGAAGACUGCGAAAGAAGCCUCUGAAAGCAGCCCUGUCGGCCCUCUGUGCACCUUCAUCAACUCAGGAUGUCAGAGAAUCAGCCCAACAACACCCAUCAUCCAUUGAACAAUAAUGGGGUGGGUGGGGCCCCUGCUGGCAAUAACCGAGGGGUCCGUAAUCUCAACCAGAACCCUCUCAUCAAUGUUCGGGAUCGCCUCUUCCAUGCCCUUUUCUUCAAAAUGGCUGUCACCUAUGCCCGCCUCUUCCCACCGUCUUUCCGUCGCAUCUUUGAAUUCUUCAUACUCCUUAAGGCUCUGUUUGUCCUCUUCAUUCUGGCCUACAUUCACAUCUCCUUCUCCCGUUCCCCCAUCAACUGCCUGGAACACGUCCGGGAUAAAUGGCCACGGGACGGCAUCCUACGAGUGGAGAUCCAACGCAAUUCCAGCCGUAACCCUGUUUUUCUCCAGUUCUGCGAGAGCGAGAGGUUUCCAGGCAUGGUGAUUGAGCCUGCUGUUGGGGAGGAGGAGGAAGAGGAGGAGGAGGAAGAAGAAAUGACUGUGGAGAUGUUCCAGAACAGCUCCAUCAAGUUUAAUCUGGAUAUCGAACCUAAGAUCUUCCACAAGGCAACUCGGCUGAGUAAUGCCCAUGUUUUGUCCCCCAACGAAAGCCAAGAAUUCUCCUUUGGCAGUGAGCCGUCCUCUAAAGGUAUGCAGCCUCUCAGCGAGACUGUGUCCGAAUUUGAGAUGCUAGCCAAAGCAGUGUGGCCGCAGGAAGAAUACAUUGUGGAAUAUUCUUUUGAGUACGGAUUCCUCCGAUUAUCCCAAAGCACCCGUCAACGUCUGAGCAUUCCCGUCAUGGUGGUGACUCUGGAUCCCACCCGGGACCAAUGCUUUGGAGACAGGUUCAGCCGUCUCUUAUUGGAUGAAUUCCUAGGAUACGAUGACAUUCUCAUGUCCAGUGUGAAAGCUUUGGCUGAAAAUGAAGAGAAUAAAGGUUUCCUUCGCAAUGUGGUGUCUGGGGAACACUACCGUUUCAUCAGCAUGUGGAUGGCCAGGACUUCCUACGUUGCAGCCUUCGUCAUCAUGGUGAUUUUUACUCUGUCCGUCUCCAUGCUGUUGCGUUACUCACACCACCAAAUCUUCGUUUUUAUUGUGGACCUGUUACAGAUGCUGGAAAUGAACAUGACAAUCGCCUUCCCUGCAGCUCCUUUGCUGACCGUCAUCUUGGCUUUAGUAGCAUUCCAUGAUCUACUUUUUCCACCAUUACGAGUUGCCAGCCAUCCUCCAACAGAUCCGGAUACAGGAGAUGUUGCUCCAGAACCAGCAGGUGGGGACCCAGACCGCUGUCCAGGACAACCUCAAUAACAACACGACCGUCGCGGCAGCCAAUUCAGCCGACCAGCAACCCCACCUGGACGCCAGCCCAGCUGGGGCAGGAGAUGGCUCCCCGGCUUCUGGGGAAGGCCACCGCCCCCCGACCUCCAGCGCUACGGUCUCCCUCGGGAACGACUUGAAUUGGAUAGCAGACACAGCAGCUGUCAUCACGGAAGCCUCCUUUCUCUCCAACCUGGGCAGUUCCUUUUUGGACUCUCCGGCCGUUGUGACGAGUGGUGGGAGUUUGCAGGACCCGGAGCCCGCUUUGAACACAGCGGCCCAAAGUUUGUUUAGUAAUGACCGUACGGAAGCGGGCUCCGUCACGCUUGAGGGCACGUCCACCGUUGGGACUUCUGUGACCAAUACACCUCCUCCCGUCACGGUCCACCCAGAGCUGGAAGAUAUUCCUCAGCCGUCAGAGAGUUCGGCAGGCCGAGCCGAGCCUCUGAAGACAGACUCCCCGCAAGGUUCGGCUUUAAGGGGACUCCCGAGCCAGGCCUCCGAAGGACUUGCUGAGAGGGAUCCCACGCCGCUUUCCCCAGAAAAUAUGAUCUCCUGAUCCCACGGAGCCGCUGCUUCUCCCAAACUCCUUACUCCGUAGGAGACUGGAUGGCUUUCCGAUUGCAUUACAUUUGUUUUCUGAACCAAAUUCCUCUUUUUAGAGAAGAAAGAGGCACAGCUAGAACGUAAGAUGAAGGAGAGAGCCAUCUUUUUCUCCCGCCUUCCGAGUACCAGGAAAGAAAGAGAAAAGAAAGCUGAAUAAAAAGAAGGGGAAGCGAUUGUAGAUGUCGGUCCCUGCGUCGGAAUCAAAUCCUUUUUUGAAAGAAAGCGGUUUCUGCAUCUUUCUCGGUGAAUGGCGUUAAGCCCCAAUGUCUCAUCUCCGCCUCCCCAUCCUCCCGUUUCCCAUACUGCAUGGAAUCAUGGGACGCCCUCUGGGGGGGUCUGCAGGAGAUCUUAAUUUGCAUCUAUCUCCUUGUCUUGGCAUUCAGUUUUGUCCGAAAAGGGUGCUUGGAAACGCCAGGAGGGGAAAAAAAAAAAAAAAAAGAACGGGUAUCAUGACAAAAGUUGUUUUUUGGAUGCACCUUGGAAUUGGGGUGGGUGGUUAUAAACGACCAGAAUCACCGCAGUGUGGUGAUUAUAAAGAGAAAUCGAUCCUUUAAGCAGAAGAUGCAGCGUGGAAAGUUGGCAUGAACUGGCUCCGGAAUUAUCGAUGGGAAUUGUUAUUUGGAGGGUCUAAAUACUUGAGUCCUAAAAAAAAAAAUCCUCAUUUUUUUAAAAAAUCAUUUGGAUUACACCUGUUUAUGUACAAACACCAUGUUAAUUUCUCUCAUUUUCUUUUUCUUCUAAAGAGGGUUGUAACUUAUAGGGGAUUA